AUGUUCUCUGCUAGCGGUACAAACACUCCUAUUCCUGGUGGAGCAGCUGCUUACCAUGACCAACUUGGUGAAAACGUCACCUGGGUUAAGGACUGGUACAACCCCGCCACCAGCUAUGAUGCCAACGGUGAAGGGACGCUGGACACCAUCAGGUUGAAGGGAUGGUUCAAAACCAGCACCAGUCACAAGAACAAUGCCUCUGUAAAGUUGGAGGCCAACGACGUGUUAGACUUGUCACAAUGGAAGUACUUCAAGGAAGUUAAGGUUGAACAAAAACCAGAAGAGGUAAAGGAGGUCAAGGUCGACAAGGACUUGGAAAGUGCCAUCUCGUUCAACAAAGAUGAGGGACAGAUUUCGGGGUUGGGCUAA